UCAAAUAAACCACCCUCGAAAGAAAAGAACAUGCCAACUGUUCGCCUGCCAGCCGUCCGAGCGUUUUAUUUGUGUUUUUGUUCCUAUGAUUCUUCCCGUGCGGUGGACAAGCCUGGCCUGAUCCCGCCGAGCGAUUGAGAGAGGCUCGCCUGAGUUCUCUGAAAAUGUGGGAGCGUUGCUUCAGUGAACGGCGAGCGCGGCAAAUCCAGCGUGCUUUUCGCAGAGGAAAGCUUACCCUCCUCUGCCUGUUCAUGACCGUCAUCGUCCUGCGCGGCACCAUCGGCGCAGGCAAGUUCGGCACUCCAGUGCAGGACUUCGACGAGAUCCGCCACCGACUACACUCGAGCCAACUUUCCGUUCCCCAUCGCAUCCUCAUAGAGGAGCAUUCGUCCGCAUCCAACGCCGUCACCGGUAAGGAGAACUCCAUGGAGGAGGACGAUCCGAGGGAUACCUCAAGACCAUACUCUUUAGGGCCCAAGAUCUCUGACUGGGACGAGCAGCGAGCCCAAUGGCUCAAAUCUCAUCCGGAAAACCCUAAUUUCUUGACGCCAAAGAAGCCGCGAGUCCUUCUAGUAACCGGAUCUUCGCCCAAGCCCUGUGAGAACCCUGUGGGUGACCACUACCUCUUGAAAUCGAUUAAAAACAAGAUCGAUUACUGCCGCGUACACGGCAUCGAGAUCUUCUACAACAUGGCGCUUCUCGACGCCGAAAUGGCUGGGUUCUGGGCUAAGCUCCCCCUUAUCCGCAAGCUCCUCCUCUCCCACCCGGAGGUUGAGUUCCUUUGGUGGAUGGACUCCGAUGCCAUGUUCACGGACAUGGUCUUUGAGCUUCCUUGGGAACGCUACUCCACUUUCAACCUCGUUAUGCACGGCUGGAAUGAGAUGGUCUAUGACGAUCGCAAUUGGAUUGGCCUCAAUACCGGCAGCUUCCUCCUACGAAACUCCCAGUGGUCGUUAGAUCUUCUCGACGCCUGGGCACCGAUGGGUCCAAAGGGCAAAAUACGAGAGGAUGCUGGCAAAGUUUUGACCAAUUUUCUUAAAGACAGGCCAGUCUUCGAGGCAGACGACCAAUCCGCCAUGGUUUACCUCCUUGUAACCCAGAAGGAUCGGUGGGCCGAAAAGGUCUACCUCGAAAGUGCGUACUAUCUUCACGGCUACUGGGGAAUUCUGGUGGAUAGGUACGAGGAGAUGAUGGAGAAUUACCACCCCGGGCUUGGGGACCAUAGGUGGCCACUGGUCACGCAUUUUGUCGGUUGCAAGCCCUGUGGCAAGUUUGGAGACUACCCCGUAGAACGAUGCCUUAAGCAAAUGGACAGGGCAUUCAAUUUUGGAGACAAUCAAAUUUUGCAGAUGUACGGGUUUAAUCACAAAUCAUUGACAAGCAGGAAGGUGAAGAGGGUUCGGAAUGAGACUGCAAAUCCACUGGAUGUCAAGGAUGGUCUUGGUUUGCUUCAUCCUCAUUUCAAAGCUGUUAAGAUGCAAAUUUAACUGGGGCUCAUUCUUCCUUCUUGAUGGCUUUGGCUGAGGGAAGACUGUUUAUACUAAGUGUAUAAUAUGGUGUGUAGAGGUCUUUCUUUUUCGGUGAUAAUUCAUUGGCUGGAUGGAUCACAGGCAUAGAGUGUCAAUUUUAUUUAAUUAUUUGUUUUUUUUUUUUGCUGAAGUGUGAAUCUUACUCUAGUCCUUGUAUGUUUUUGCGUCCAAUUGUAACUAUGAUUCCAUAUACAUGCUGAUUUUGUGGUUCCUUUAUGUGGGCAGAUAGAUACCUUGGUUAUUUUGCCCAUUUUGAGUUAUGAAGACCCUAUUUAUUUGGAUUUAUUACAGUCCCUAUACGUGGAUAGAUACCUUGGGUACUAGCAUUAUAUGGACUCUGAAGGGACCAAUGCUUUGUUUAUUUAUUAUUUUCCUGUGUCUAUCUUUCUCUUUUUCUCUCAAUACAGCAGCCCAUUGUUUAACAUUGAGAUAUUAUCAUU